AUGUCUCUUAAAACUUUUAUUUCGACGCGGUUCCAGUCUAUACCUAUCGCUUCAGCGGCGAGUAUAUCGCAUACAAUUUGUCCUCAACAAAUCAUAAAUGUAAAUAACCAUAUAUAUUCUACAAAUGUACAAUCAAAAACACCUAUUUCAAUAGCAACAACUUCACGAUUGACUCUUUCUUUAACAAGCAAACAGCAAAAUUCUAUCAUUGCUCCUGCAAUUUCCACCACCUUCAUUACAUCUCCAUAUUACCGUUUUCCACGUUCCACGCCACAAACACAACUCGAACAACGUCGCUUCCGCGCAGAAUUCGCACCAAGAAAGUGGAAAUACCGAAAAAAGCAUAAAGGCCGGGUCCCGGUACGUACAGGAGGCUCCACCAAAGGCAAUUACUUGGCUUUUGGAGAAUAUGGAAUACGCGUGAAAUACGGAGUGAGGUUAUCGAGUGCGCAGCUAACAGCCGCGCAUCAUGUGAUACGUCGAAAGAUUAAAGUGGUCAAAGGAUCAAAGAUGUGGAUGCGUGUGUUUCCCGAUAUUCCUGUGACGGCAAAGGGAAAUGAGUCUCGUAUGGGUAAAGGAAAAGGGUCGUUCGAGUAUUGGGCGUGUCGGGUACCGAUGAAUAAGAUUCUUUUUGAGAUUGGUGGUGGUGGGAUUAGGAAAGAGGUUGCUAAGGAGGCUAUGAAAUUGGCGGCUGAUCGGUUGCCGGUAAAGACCGAAUUUGUAGAUGGAAAAUUGGAGCCACCGUCACCAAAAAAAAUAAAAGCAGUAACAUCUAAACCAUCAACAGCCAGUGCUGUUGUCAAUAAUCUGGUAAAGUCACCAAAGUCACCGACAUCAUGCACACCUAUACUGAUAAAAUCACCACCACUAGUGUCAUCAUCUGUUACUCAGAAACCAGUUGCAAUUCCGAAAAAAUAA